GCGUUUCAUCUUUUAAAAAAAAAAUCAUCGGCCAUAUUGGUGUGUUGUAUUGUUCGCUCAGUAAUUUCUCAAGUUAAAUAAGCUAGUGCAGAAUGACGGACUCGAUGAAAUUUGGUCCAGAGUGGUUGCGCAAUCUGGCUGGAGACAGUUGUAAUUCAGGAGCCAGUGGUGGAGGGACGGCAAACUUGAUUACACCCCGGUAUCAGUUAGCGGAGCAUAGAUACGGUCGGGAAGAGAUGUUGGCUCUUUUCGAUCGUAAUUGCAAGCCGCCGGAGAGUAUAGUUGGUUUGCAAAUGCUUUAUGUUGAAAAAACUCAGCUGCCACUUGCGUUCAUACCUGAAACAGAAGAUGAAACGCGUUUACGAAACAGCGGAUUGAGCAGCACCGGUGGACGUGGACGUGGCGGAAGUGUUGAUCGUGGAGGGCGUAUAAGAACCGGACGAGGAGGAAUGUAUUCUUCUCAUUUUUCACGUGGUUUUGACGAUUCCGGUGACGGCGGGAGUAGGAUCGACGCACAGUCUUAUCCAGGACGAAAUCGAAAUUUCGACAGGUCACAAAGUGAACGCGGUUGGUCAGAGCGCAAUGGUAAUAUUGAAUCUAACGACUGGAAUGGCUCGACCAGUCCGCGGAAGGAACUCAGUCGCGGUACUAGUGGGAGUUCUCUGAUGGAAAGCAAUUGGAGACGACAUCGAGGUACCGGAGAUGAGGAAGAAGGUUGGAGAUCUAAUAACAAUCGCAGUGAAAAGUGGAUAAGGGGCAGUUGGCGCGAUGGGGGUGGCUCGGACAGAGAUAGGCUGGAUAGAGCCGAUGCAGAAGGGGAUGAUAAUCGUAUUAGUGGACGCUGGGAAACACGAGCGAGUCAUAGAUCCUCUCAUGAUUCGUCUCAUCAUCAUCAUCCUCCUCCCCCUCGUACUUCUCGAACUUGGGAGUCUAAUCAUCACGACAACCAUGACAAUUUACCGGAAUGGGCGACAGAGAAUCCGGCGGAGAGUGGGGGAAGUUUUGAUGCCUCGGGUGCCUUUCACGGCGGUAUGUUCUCUGACGACGAUGAUGAGGGUAUUGGUGGUAGUCACUCAAAUCGUACUCGACGUAUAUCCGAAGGCACCAACAGUACAAAUAUUAAAUCCGGAAAACCGACGUCUUAUAGCAAUAAUAUGAAUCAGAAUGCUCAUCGGCCAAAAAUUAAUGAUUCUAUCAACCACACGGUAGCUAGAGAAAGACCUAAAUCUUUGCAUCCCUUUGAGAACAAAGAAAAUUCAUCAGAACAAGGGCGUGCUGAUAUAUCGUCAAAACAAUCUGUUACUUCGACUAGUAGUAAUCCGCUGACGAAGUCUAAUACCACGUCGUCGAUUAAUACAACGGCAAAAAAGGUAUCGAACGUUGUGAUCAAUUCAACAAAGAUAACUCCCGAAUCGGAGAGAAUCCAGCUUCCUCAACGCUCAAAGUCUUUCGUAGAGCUACCGAGUAAAAAUAACAAUACCAAUAGUAAUAUCAGUGGCAGUAGUAUUCCUAUAAAUUCUCAGCAAACUAAUCCAGUUUCUCGUGGUUCGAUUCAAAAAACUGACCUGCUGCAAACGAAUCUCCAAAACACUUUGAAGAAGGCUGCCGCUGCUGCUGCUACUCCAGCAACAACAUCAGCAGCUACUAACGAUGCUCCUCACCGACCUACUCUACCCCAGAAACUCGAUGACGACUUAGAUGGGAAAAACGACGCUGACAUGCAGAGUUUCGUGGCGAAGCUCAUGGCCGACGAGGAGAGCCAUCGCGAGGAAUCGAGUCAUGUGCUUCCAUCGGUGGUAAAUCAUGUACCGCCGUUAGCUAGUGCUGCAUCACAAGAAAAAUGGUUCUACCGAGAUCCCCAGGGUGAGGUCCAGGGACCAUUUAUUGCUAGUGAAAUGGCUGAAUGGUGUAAAGCUGGUUACUUUACCCCAAAUUUACUUGUCAGAAGAACAUGCGACGAUAGAUACGCGACUCUUGGAGAUCUCAUGAAACUUUAUGGUAGAGUGCCAUUUACACCGGGUCCGCCUAUCCCACCGUUAAAAAUUACGGAACCGGUGUUACCGACUAUACCGCCUCCAGUACCCACAGGAUUACCUGGCAGUGCCUUACCCAAACCAGGAAUAGAGGAUCCACUAUUAUUACUUCAGUAUCAACAACUACAAAUGAUCCAAAAUCACCAAUUGCUGUUACGUCAGAUGAAAAAUUCAGCGAUUGCAAAACUAUCGCAGUCAGAAAAUUGGUCUGGAUUGACUCCCAUUGAGCAAAAUCAACUCGUUAUGCAGUGCGUUAUGCAAAAUGCUGAGGUCAGAGAUAUAUCAUUAGCGGGUAAUCCCUUUGUGAGUCCACUUGCUGCCGCCCCACCACCCGCAACAAAUCCUGUUAUGCAGCUUUUUAAUCAAAUGCAACAGGCAAAGGUCCAGAGUGAAAACCAUUUACCGCCUAAUCCUCAUCCAGUACCACCGGUGCUAAAUCCAACACCAACUUUGGAUCCUAUUCAACAGCUUAUACAGCAGAUGGGCGGUAUUCAAAAUCUACCAGGACCACCACAAGCUAGUAUUAAUCCGUCGCCUAUACAACAUCAGCAGUCGGCUUCCGAGGAAGAUCCUAUUAAAUCACUAUUGCGUCAACUUCAUAUCAAUGCCAAUGGGCAUUCACAAUCCCAUCAGAUGGACUCUAUCUGGCCACAGCCACCGCCACAAAUCAACCCACAGUUCAAUGCCCAAAGCUGGCUGGCACAGGUUGGUCCAUUACCUGCAAUGCCUCCAGGCCAAAUGCCUAAUUCAUUGUGGGACUUACAUGCUAAGGAAAUAAAGACUGAACAACAGAUACUAGAAGAGCAAAAUAUUAGGGUACAAGAAAGAAAGGAGGAACUUCGUAAGCAGGAAGAGCUGAAGAGACAAGCGGAAGAUGCGAGUGCCAAGAGAAAACUCGAAGAAGAGCAAAAUAAAAAAUUGGAAGAAGCUCGGCGUAAAGAAGAAGAACGUAAACGAAAGGAAGAAGAAAAGAGACUGAAGAUGGAGGAAAAACGUAAGCAGGAAGAAGAACAGAAAAAGAAAGAGGAUAAAAAACGAAAAGAAGAAGAGAGAAAACGGGAAGAAAAGCGUAAGCAAGAUGAGGAAAAUAAUAAAAAGAAGCAAGAAGAGGAAAAGAAGAAACGAGAGGAAGCUAAAAAACAGGAAGAAAAAUUAAGAAAGGAGGAGGAAAAACGGAAGAAAGUUGAGGAAGAGCAGAGACGUCUUGAGGAAGAGAGACUCAAGAGGGAAGAAGAAGUUCGUAAAAAAACUGAAGCAGAGGAACAGGCACGACGUGCUGAGCAAAGACGUCGGGAAGCUGAAGCUUUGAAGAAAUUGCAGGAAAAGAGUAAAGCUCCGUGGGCACAAGCGCCGCAUGCACCUCCACCAGCAUCACAUGCUUCACUGGCUGAAAUCCAGCGACUGGAACGUGAGAAAAAAGCCGAAGAGCUGCGUCUCCAACAGCUCUUGCAGCAGCAGCUCGCUCAGCAGAAAGCCCUUGAAGCCGCCAAGGAAGCAGCAGUCGCCGCUGAAUCAUCCAAGCGGCUACCUUUCAAGUGGGCUGAGAAAGCCGUUCCAACCACAAACCACCCGCAGGUCAAAAGCUUGGCACAGAUCCAGCAGGAAGAGCAGGAACGUAUUGCCAAAGUGAAACUUCAGGAAAAGGAACGCAGCGAGAAAGCAAAUCAAAAAGAAGCCGCCGUUGUCAUGCAGAACGCUGGUAUCUGGGGUAGUGCAUCUCAGUCUCUCAACUGGACAAGUAACGUCAAUUCAGCGAGCGAUUCUUCGAAGUUUGGCAGCAAAGCUUGGACCGGAAGUGGCUUCUGGGACGAACCGGUAACUGUUAAACCCGCUGCACCUGUCAAACAACCCGCUAAAAAUUCAGCUGUCAAAGUAACAAAUCAGCAGCAUCAACAACAGCAACAGCAGCAGCAGAUGCAGCAACAAGCCCAGCAAAAUAACAAACCAACUAAAAAUAAAGCCAAGAAAGAAGAAGAGACUGUGAAGAAACUUUUUGAGAAUAACACUGCCAAGGCGGAUGACUUUACUCAGUGGUGUAAUCGUACACUAUCUGGGCUUCAAGUAUCCGUAGAUGUUCCUACAUUUGUUGGAUUUUUACGAGACAUCGAAUCAGCUUAUGAAGUUAAAGAGUAUAUUAAGAUGUAUUUGGGAGAUAACAAACAAUGUACAGAAUUCGCUAAACAAUUUUUGGAAAAACGCAGCAAGUGGCGGUCAUCACAACGACCACAAACAGAAGCUGAUGAUCUGUGUAAGCCAGCACCUGCUAUAACUCCAAAUGCUCCAACUGAAUUUCAAGAAGUCAAGGGAAAAUCAAAAAAGCCAAAAAAAGGGAAAAUGUUUAAAGUCGACAACAGAAUCCUUGGAUUCAGUGUAACUGCGGCUACUGAUCGUAUUAAUGUUGGAGAUCGUGAUUACGGAGAGGGUGUUUGAAUGUUUUUACUUUGCUCUUAAAUGAAAUAAAUGAAUUAAACAAAAACUAAUGACAAGACAAGACAAGAAAUAAGUAAUUAAAAAAAUAUUAUUUGUAAGGAGAGAAAGAUAUGGAGUUCACUCAGUUAACAAAUAUAAAUAUUUAUAAAUUUAUUUGUUAUUUAUAUAUUUUUCAUCAUAAAUAAUCAGCAAGUGAAUUCCGGAAAUACUUUAUUACAAUUGUUGUGGAUCUUAAAUAAGACAUCUUGCGUUUAGCAAUAAUAUUUAUAUUUAAAUAUAUAAAUAUAAUUCUUACGUACGUGGACAAUUGUUAUGUGUUUUGAAAAAUUAGCAAGUACGAUAAGUUUAAUGAAAUUUAUGUAAAUAUAAUUUAAGAGUAAGGAUCUUAAACAAUAAUAAUAAUAUUAAUUAUAUGUAUUUCUCAUUGUUAAUGCAAAAAAAAGUUUCACAAUUUAAAGUUAUAGGGUAAACGCACCAAUAGAUGGACGGUUAAGCAGACUCAUGUUUUCCAAUCAAAAUAAAAUAAUAAAAUAUAAAUAAGUUAUAAUUAAAUGAAUUAUACUAAUGCAAAAAUGUUUAAUUCACUAGAAAAAAAUAAUUAAAACUUUGUACAACGUAGUGAUUGAUUACAAAAAAAGAAAAUUUAAGAAAAAGCCCAAAUCUCCAGUAGAUGGACGGCAAAUUUUCUUAAAUUUUUUUUAUUUUAUUAGUUAAUUAUUAAAUUAAUUAAAUUGUUAAUGAAAUACGAACAUAAUCAUAUG